ACAGAAUCUCCUGUAAUCUCCAAACCAUUGCCAGUAACAACAGUUGCACCUUUACCUGCACUACAGAAAGCAGUUCAGCCAAUGCUCGGAUAUAAAGAACAGUCGCGUUUCGAAUACAGUUCUCGCUCUGCAUUUAAGCAUUAUGAAAUUGCAUUUGAAAAACAGCUUCCUAUGGCAAGCAAAUGUCCGCGACUGGAUCCAUACAAGCAUUCAUCACCGCACUAUAAGUCCGACCUUACCUGUGAGCAGGGUUUACCUGGAUGGUCAAAAGAUGCGGAUUGUAUGUGUGAAUAUCCCGUGGCCGCACGUGAUGCAAAAGGAUGCCCAACCGGAUUUUACACACUUUGCUAUCGCGGUCCUUUUGGCAGCAAUGCAUUACCAGAAGAUGGGGUAUGUUAUUAA